AUGCUCCGCGGGCAGACCCUCCCCUGGAGAGCUGCGCUCCACCAAACACCUCGCCCUCUACUUCGUCGGCCGUUCCUGAUUUCGCCGAGGAACAAUGCGACCUUUCGAUCAGCAUUGACAUCGGCCAGACUCGCCCGCUCUCUUCCAUCAGCCCCCCGCACGUUCACAUCGAGCUCUAUCCAUCGGAAAGAGAAACCCCCACCAGAGGACCAGAAAGACGACCAAGAACAGAAGGAGGAGGAAGAAUCACAGCGAAAUGACAAGGAGGUAGACCGAGCUCCUGAGUCUCGAAGGAAAGCUUUCGACUCGGGAAAGACCGUGGACCAGACAGGCACCACGCGGAGAAAGGAUCGGUCCUCCGGAGAUAAAGAGCAACGGAGCUUAGAGGAGGAAUCAAAGAAAGAUGCCAAUGCAGCGGAUGGGAAGGGUGACUCGAACCAGACGCCAUCCCCUAUCCCGCCAACCGGUGGCUCAGCCGACUCCAAGCCAAGCUCGGCCAGCAGCGGUGGUAGCGGCGGCAACGAUGAUGGUAGCAAGAAGGGGAAGAAGGGAUCCGGAGAUAAGGCACUACAAAAGCCAGCUGUUCCGGAUGUAUACCCUCAGGUCAUGGCCAUUCCAAUUGCCAAGCGUCCCCUCUUCCCCGGAUUCUACAAAGCUAUCACUAUCCGGGACCCCAAUGUUGCCGAUGCGAUCCAGGAUAUGAUGAAGAGGGGUCAGCCCUAUGUUGGCGCGUUCCUUUUCAAGGAUGACAACGCCGAUGGCGAUGUGAUUGAGAAUUUGGAAGAUGUCUACGAUACCGGUGUCUUUGCUCAGAUCACUGCGGCUUACCCUCUUCGCGGCGAGGCUAGCGGUGUGACCGCUGUCCUAUACCCUCACCGACGUAUCAAGAUCUCCUCACUACUUCCACCCGCCGAACCGAAGAAAGAUGCUACUGCGACGGAGGAAAAGACUACAGAGAAGCGGGGCGACGUGGUUGCCAGCUUUGAAGAAACAACGCCCGAAAGUGCUCCCAAGGACCACUAUGAACCCACUUCCUUCCUACGGAAAUAUCCUGUCAGCUUGGUCAACGUGGAGAAUCUGGCAGAGGAACCAUAUGAUAAGAAGAACGGAAUCAUUCGUGCCGUGACGAGUGAGAUUGUGAACGUGUGCAAGGAGAUCGCCACCCUGAACCCCUUGUUCCGUGAUCAGAUCUCCGCCUUCUACACGGAUCAGUUCCCCGGAAACCUCAGCGAUGAACCCGCUAAGCUUGCCGAUUUUGCUGCCGCAGUCUCUGCCGGUGAGCUGCAUGAGAUGCAGGAGGUGCUCGAGACUAUGAACAUUGAAGAGCGUCUUCCCAAGGCCCUUGUUGUUUUGAAGAAAGAGUUGAUGAAUGCACAGCUCCAGUCCAAGAUUACCAAGGAUGUGGAGGCCAAGAUCCAAAAGCGCCAGCGUGAAUACUGGCUCAUGGAGCAGAUGAAGGGUAUCAAGCGAGAGCUUGGUAUUGAGUCUGACGGUAAAGAUAAGCUUGUGGAGAAGUUCAAGGAGAAGGCUGAGAAUCUAGCUAUGCCCGAGGCUGUCAAGAAAGUCUUUGAAGAAGAGAUCAACAAGCUAGCUCACUUGGAACCUGCCGCCUCAGAAUUCAAUGUCACCCGGAACUACCUGGACUGGUUGACCCAGAUUCCGUGGGGCCAGAAGAGUGUGGAGAACUUCGGCAUUAAGAAUGCGGUCAGCGUUCUGGAUGAGGAUCACUACGGUCUCAAAGAUGUCAAGGAUCGUAUUCUUGAGUUUAUUGCUGUUGGCAAGCUGCGCGGCACAGUCGAGGGUAAGAUUAUCUGCCUUGUUGGCCCUCCCGGUGUGGGUAAGACCAGUAUUGGCAAGUCAGUCGCUCGUGCUCUGAACAGACAAUACUACCGUUUCUCCGUGGGUGGUUUGACCGACGUUGCGGAGAUCAAGGGUCACCGACGAACCUAUGUUGGUGCUCUUCCCGGACGCAUCAUUCAGGCUCUUAAGAAGUGCCAGACGGAGAACCCUUUGAUCUUGAUUGACGAGAUCGACAAGAUUGGCCGAGGCCACCAGGGUGAUCCUUCUUCCGCUCUGCUGGAGCUGCUUGAUCCCGAGCAAAACUCCUCGUUCCUAGACCACUACAUGGAUGUUCCUGUGGACUUGUCCAAGGUCCUCUUUGUUUGCACCGCCAACGUCACCGACACUAUUCCUCGACCUCUGCUGGACCGUAUGGAGCUGAUUGAGCUCUCCGGUUACGUAGCGGACGAGAAGAUGGCAAUUGCUCAGCGAUACCUGGCCCCAGCGGCUCGGGAGUUGACCGGGUUGAAGGAUGUGGACGUAACUCUCGAGCAGGACGCCAUUGAAGAGUUGAUCAAGUCGUACUGCCGCGAGAGCGGUGUCCGUAACCUGAAGAAGCAGAUUGAGAAGGUGUACCGGAAGGCAGCCUUCAAGAUCGUUCAGGACCUGGGCGAGGAGACUCUGCCCGAAGAGGCUGCUUUGACCGAUGAGGGCAAGGCUGCUCAAGAAGAAGCCAAGGAGCACGAGUCUGCGGAUCCUGCCGAGACCCCACUGGAGCCCGAGAAGUCGACCACGGAGACCCCUCGUCUUGCCCUCAAGGUUCCCGAGAGUGUCCACCUCAGCAUUGGCAAGGAGACCUUGAAGGAUUACGUUGGACCCCCAGUCUUCACCGCUGACCGUCUGUACGAGAAGUUCCCACCUGGUGUCACCAUGGGUCUGGCUUGGACUAGCAUGGGCGGAGCCGCGCUGUAUGUCGAAUGUAUUCUGGAGAACGCUUUGAAGUACUCCUCUCGGCCCGGUCUGGAGAUCACCGGUAAUCUGCAAAACGUCAUGAAGGAAUCGUCGCACAUUGCCUACUCGUUCGCCAAGUCCGUCAUGGCUCGCGAAUUCUCUGAGAACCUCUUCUUUGAGAAGGCCAAGAUCCACCUGCACUGCCCUGAGGGCGCUGUUCCAAAGGAUGGGCCCUCUGCUGGUAUCACCAUGGCCAGCUCACUGCUUUCCUUGGCACUGAACCACCCUCUCGACCCCACCAUCGCCAUGACUGGUGAAUUGACGGUUACCGGUAAGGUUCUGCGUAUUGGUGGUCUACGGGAGAAGACCGUUGCUGCUCGUCGGGCUGGCGCAACCAAGGUCAUCUUCCCAGCUGACAACCUCUCUGACUGGCUUGAGCUACCCGAGAACAUCAAGAAGGGCAUCGAAGGCCACCCGGUCAGCUGGUACUCUGAAGUCUUCGACAUUCUCUUCGCCGACCUGAACCACGAGGGUGCCCGCACCAUCUGGCAGAAGGCCCUCGCCAAGCCCGCGAACCAGAAGGGCGAGCGAGACGGCGAGGAUGACGAAUGA